AUGACAGUGGAUUUAUUUGCAGACUCAGUCUAUCACCUGGUGAGAAACAAGUACUCACAGCUGACGGAGUCCUCCUCGCAUGCCCAGCCUAAGGUGCUGGCAGGGGUUGUUAUGAGCAGAGGAUUUGACUUCAGCUCAGCUCAGGUCGUGUCUUUGGCCACUGGCACCAAGUGUUUGGAUCUGGAGGAUGUGAGUGACACUGGAUGUAUUCUCAGAGACUGUCACGCUGAGGUCAUCAGCCGGAGGGCGCUGGUUCGCUUCCUGUACGCUCAGCUGGAGCUGCUGCUUUGCACGCCAGACGAUAGCAAAGAACAGUCGAUCUUCGUUAGAAAUAAAGACAACAGCUUCCGGCUGCGGGAGGGCAUCCUCUUCCACAUGUACGUCAGCUCAUCACCGUGUGGAGACGCUCGACUCAACUGCCCCUAUGAGACCACAGCUGCAUAUCCCAGCAGGAGGUUUCGCUUCCACCUUAGGGUAAAGGUCAAUGGUGGCGAGGGGACGCUGCCCGUCGCUGCUCAGAGAUCCAGAGACUUUGUGUUGCCGAGUAAACCUUUGCUCACCAUGUCCUGCACUGAUAAACUAGCAAAGUGGUGCGUUGUGGGCGUGCAGGGGGCGCUCCUGUCUCACCUGGUGGAGCCGGUUUACCUGCACAGUCUAACCGUGGGCACGCUCUGCCACACUGGACAUCUGGCCAGAGGCAUGGCUCGCCGCCUUGCCCCCGUCAAACACCUGCCCCUACCCUACAGACGACAGCAGCUGCUGCUAGCCUGUUUGAGCAGCAGAGAUGUUCGACCGUCAGGAAAAGCUUCCAGCAUUAGUCUAAACUGGAGCAGUGGGGACGGAUGCCUGGAGGAGGUGAGCACGUCCUCGGGGAGGAGGAAGGACUCGGGGACCCCGUCACGGCUCUGCAGGCACUCGCUGUUCACCCGCUGGCUGCAGCUGCAGAGGCAGCUAAAUGGACCGGCCUCAGGCUCACAAGCCUCUACAGAAUCUUUCUCUGCAUGUAAAAUGUCGGCUGGACGGUACCAGAGGGCGCUGCAGCGGUUUGGUAGCGCUCUGAAGGCCGAAGGUCUGGGAGCGUGGUUCAGGAAACCUCUGAAGUUGGGUCACUUCAGUGUCACUGUGUGAAGACGGGUUCUGUACACAGACUCAGUUUUUGAUAGCUUACAUUUGAGAUUUUGGACUCACUCAAAAGCCGUGAGAGAAUCUAGACGAACUCUUUUAUUGAUCUGUUUUGGUCUUAAAACAUUAGAAACAUCCUGCGGCAAAAAAAAAGUGAGGAAUCAAAUGGAAUCUCUAAAAACGUAGCAUCCUCCUGAACUGUUUGUUCAUCAGGGCGAUCACAGCUUGUAUUGAAUUUUCUAAUCUGAGCCUUAUUAACUUACUUUUAAACUGUUGUUUGCACUCAUGUGAUUCUUCUUUAAAGUCUAAGAUCCCAAAAUGCCACCACACAGCAAAAUAAAUGCAAGCCUUCGGCAAAACUAUCAGGCGGCCGCAUGGCGGCAUUUGUAUUCAGGAGGUGGUUCCAUUUUACAAACCACGCAGCUGCCAUGGAAGUUUUACAAAUUAAGUUAUAAUUUUAAAAUUACCGGAGGAUUUGGAGGUCGUGGAGUGGCUCUUCCUAUCCCAAAUUUGAAGUUCCAACUGCGAAAUAAAAGAAGUUGAGAUGUAAUCAAUUUGAUUUUUUGUCAUAUUUAGUUCACUUAGGCGCUCCAUGCUGGACUGUGGAUGGACGAUAGUGUCUUUGGAGACUCAGCAGAAUUCUGUAAACUCAAAAAGUUCCUGAAAGAAGUGAAAUGUUUGUUUUUAGGGAUUUCUCUGCUUUCCAUCAUCUUGAACUAAAUUUUAUAGCUGUUAAUAUUCUGUGGAGUCGUGUUUGUAGUCAGAAAUAAAGAGAGAAGUAAAAAUAUGUAGACUGUGGAUUUGAGACAUUCUUGAAGAUGAAUUUAAAACUCUUUGAAAU